UCAAAUCUAGAGAGCGCGAGUGCAAUGCUGCGUAUGGCGGGCCCAGAGCUGGUGAUGCUGAUACGUGACAAACUUGCCCAAUGUGCGGAAGCUGCAUACAGACAAAGAGCUGCGAUGGAGGAGGACAGGAUCCGUUACCUCGCCACUGAGGAGAAACUUCUUACACAGAUUAGUGAACUGGAGGACUAUGUGGAUUGUUUGCGAAGGUUGUCGUCUGUCGUCACUCAGCCAUCCGUCACUCUCAGUGAUGUGGAGGAGGGAGAGGUUCGCCUUCGAAGGCUUGGAGAUGCUCUGGCGGUCCACAGAGGAGCGUUCCCAGUACUGCGGGCCAAAAUGGUCUCAGUGCUGAGGGUGGAAGUGGAGGCAGUGCGCUUCCUGAGAGAAGAGCCUCACAAAAUGGAGUCCAUGUUGAAAAGAGUCAAAGCCCAGAACGAAACUCUUGAAUCUCUCCGCAGACAUCUGUCAGACUCGUCAGGUAGUUUACCAAAGCAGAGCUUCUAAAAACCCAAACCGAGGGACCAGCCAGGAAUCAAAGCUCGCAGAGUUCAGUCCAGUCUGAGCCUUUUACUCCGUUAAAGCUGCGCGACCUUCACCAUCCCUUAAACGCCACGCUGAGGUCAGGUCAUGCGCCCCAGUCUCCAUCUUCAUGGACUGCAGGAUGAAGAGCGCAGCAACCUCCCUCCACCAGACCAGCUCUCCUCUGACAGCCAGUCAUGGACUAAACUGUAUCAUAGAAAAUGUGGGGACCCUCCUCCCCCACCUGUUUCUGUGGCAUUAGAUGCUGGUUUUUGGGUUGUUUUUUUUUCU